AGGACUAUAUGUGUCAACGACUCUCAAAGCGUAAACGUCCCCGUCCCCGUCGCCGCCACCAGCCACCAGACCCUACCGAAUGCGCGGCCGCGCCAAGGUCGCCGCCCGCUACCGCCGCCGCUGUGAGCGAGAGUGAUGCGGCUCGCUUCCUCCGCCUUUCUACGCCGCGCCGCCGCCAUGUCCUCCUCCUCCUACAGCCGCAGAGGCUACCCGCGCCCACGCCGCAGCUACUCCGCCCGCCCCUCGCCGCCGCCGCACCCCGACGCGGGCGCCGAGCUCGUCAGCGGCGACUCCCACCUCAGCGCCGUGCGCGCCGCCAACGACUCCCUCCGCCGCGGCGGCGUCCGCGGCCCUCCACCGCCGUACAGGCAAGGGCCCCAACAGCCGCCGUACGGUUAUGGCUAUGGCUACGGCUACGGCUACGGCUACGGCUACGGCCAACCGCAGCAGCCGGGUCCCCCAUACGGGUUUGUGCCGUACAACUACGGCCACCCGCAACAGCCGCCGCUACCGCCGGGGCCUCAGUAUGGCUACGGGGCUCCGAACCCGUACGUCCACGGGUAUCCACAUCCGCAGCCGCACGGGCGCGCGCCUGUGAAUGCUGGGUUCCGUCCUGGUGGGCCACAGCUGACUCCCCGGCUCGCGGAUUACCGCCGACGGUGGCGGUUUGCACAGCAGCGGCCGCCUCACCAAGCGGAGAGAUUUAAGGUUCUAUCAUACAAUAUACUAGCGGACUAUCUGGCCCAGGAGCACCGAUUUCUUUAUGAACGAAUACCAUCUUUCAUCCUGGAUUGGAACUGGCGGAAGGAUAAGUUAAUGUUCGAGUUCGGCUUGUGGUCUCCAGAUAUUCUAUGUCUUCAGGAGGUUGACAAAUUUGCAGACAUUGAACAAGAAAUGGCGAGCCGAGGAUAUAAUGGCAUAUGGAAGAUGCGGACUGGAAAUGCUGCUGAUGGAUGUGCAACCUUUUGGAGAACAUCAAGGUUCCAGUUGUGUUAUGAAGAGGACAUUGAGUUUAACAAGCUCGAACUUCGUGAUAAUGUUGCACAGCUCUGUGUUUUAGAGUCAGUGGUUCCAAGAAAUGUCCAAACUGACUCUACUUGUUCAUUUACAAGCCCUAGCCACCCGCAACAAGCUAAACAAGUUGUUGUAUGUAAUAUUCAUGUUCUUUAUAAUCCAAAAAGAGGGGACAUCAAACUUGGUCAGGUUAGGACACUUCUUGACAGAGCUUAUACUGUAUCCAAGAUGUGGAACGAUGCUCCAGUAAUACUUUGUGGAGAUUUCAACUCUACACCCAAGAGUCCGCUGUACAAUUUUGUAUUGGAGCAAAAGUUGAAUUUGUCCGGCCUUGCAAAAAGUACUAUAUCUGGGCAGCGCACUAUUGCUAGUCCACAAGGGCUAUAUACUGGCCCUAACAUAUCUCAAUUCCAUCCACCUUUUUAUCCAACCAACAAUAGAGAGGGAAACAUAGCUCUUCUGAAUGAUUGUAAGCCUCAAACUGAAACAACAAAGUUGGUGGAAAGUUCUUGCCCUGAAUCAAGUAACAGUUGUGGCAACAAGAUACCUUGUUCUGGCUCUACUAAUCUUGACGAGCAAGGAUUAUUGAGCUGUUUGGAAGGUCCUGGAAGGGAUUGGCGUACUUCUGACGCUGAUGCCUGUACUGACAAAACCGAAAGUGAAGGUACAGCCACUGACAAAUCUAGUGAAGGGUGUCUUGGAGUGAUCAAAACUGAAUCUGGAGAAGAACCUGACGGACCAUCUGCUCCAGCCACACUGUGCAGUGAAAUCCUCCAGUCAGGUUCAAGCGAAAUAGCUAAUAGCAGCCAGCUGUUUUCUUCUGAUGAAUCAUUUGGGCUCAAGGAUUCCGUUGAAGAACUAGUAGGAGGUAGCAAGAAGGAUUCAAACGCCCACACAGACUUGCCUGGUGAAGUGAUUUCUGAAGAAUUUACACGUGCUUUUGAAGAAAACGGGGUCCAAUCAGAUGAACUGUCGGCUGUCUCAAAAGACAACCCUGAUGAAAGGGAAAAGGCUACGGAAUCUAUGUUGUCUGAUCAAGACAACUGCACAACUAAUGAGCCAGAGUCAUCUCAUUUCAGUGGUUCUCAGAAUUUUGCUGAUGCACUCCACCAGAUGAGUAAUGUGAGGCUAGAUGGAGAAAGUAGUACUGAAGCAACCCACUUGACAUCACCAGCAGAAUCGGUACAUCAACCAAAUGGUGCUGUUUCAGAUGCCUGUGGCAAUCAGUGUACCCCUAAAGAGAUAUAUAAGUAUUCAGUCCCGUGUAGAGAUGAGUCUGAAAGCAAUGUUCUUGCUUUUGAGGAUGAUACAAUAGCUAAUGAAGUUCUCUGCACAGAUGUGAAUUCUGACUCCUUCUUUGAAGAGUUCUCUGGCGGUAAUGAUCGCUUACUUGAAGAGGAAGAUCAGGAGCCAGCAACAUCCGAUGGUUCACCAUCUUCUCAGCAGGUAGUUACUUCCAAUGAAGGGUAUUACUAUUAUGAUCCGUACAGGUGGACACCGGACGAAAUAAAAGUUGCUACCGGGAACAAUGAAUGCGCUUACGUGGAACACAAUUUGAAAUUAAGGAGUGUGUAUACAGAUGUGGAGGAUUUCGACGGGACAAAAGAUGCCAACAAGGAGCCGCUAGUAACCAGCUACAACAGAAAAUUCAUGGGAACAGUGGACUACAUAUGGGCUUCGGAAGAUCUGCAGACUGUUCAAGUUUUAGAUACAUUCCCCAAAGAAAUAUUGAAACAAACAAUUGGGUUCCCGACAAAGAAAUGGGGAAGCGAUCACCUUGCCCUUGUCUGCGAAUUAGCGUUUACAAAAUGACGCUCAUCGAACGGGGCGAGAAGACACCUGCAUAGCAGAGAGUAACCAAACACAUACCUCGAGAAAGAAUAUCCUACGGAAACCAUUAACAAUCAUUUAUUCGUUAAUCCAGAACCAAAUUUUGCUCUUGUCGAGCUCGUUAAUUUCCUCCUCCUUCGGCAAGUUUCUAAACUGUACAUGAGCUGAUGAAUGCAUCGUUUGAGUCAAGUUUAAGAGGAUGACUCCUCAAUUUGGUGUGGA